UUUUCCUUCCUGAUAUUUGAAUAAGAAUUUCAUCUAAUUAUUGGCAGAAUAUCGUGACCAAACAUCCCAUGCUUGUUUCCCAGAUAAGCCCCCCUAUUCCUCCCGUUUGCUUUGUUCUUCUUGGGCGGUGGAUACUGCUACCUAUUUUUUUUUAUAUGGUAACUUUGCCCAACGCCAAGACCAGUAGAACUGCUGCAGCAGCAACACCGGACAGAGUUUCUCCUUCUCCAAACCACCGUCUGGAUCCCGGCCUUGCUAAAAUUCCCCUGAGGGGGUUCGUAACGAUAUCAGCAACGAUCUGUUGUUUGAAGAUCCGGAUACCCUUUCCAGAUCUUCCUUUCCAUCCUAGAGCAGACACUGCUGUGCUCGAAUCCCCGCAAUGGACCGGUAACGACCGUUGACGGGUCGCGCGACGGUUGUUGGUCAAGGCUCUUUCUUUUGUUUGGAUAUUGACAAGCCGUUUUCUCCUGAAUGCCAUUGCGAUCGGAUCUCAUUCUAGGG